UUUUUAUACAUAUAUAUAUAUAUUUGGGUUUAUUGUUAUUUCUCUCACUUAAAUUUCACUCUUUAUCUCUCUAAAGCCCCUCUCUCUAACCCCUUUUCUUUUUUUCUCUUCGUUUCUUUCUCGUGGUUGUGCAGAUCAGCGCCUAACCAUCCGUUUCUUUACCGUUUCUUUUUUGUUUCGUUUUUUUUUUGGUUGUUUUUCUAUGAAGAGAAGAAGCUUAGAGAGUUUUACGUGUGAGGGGAUUUUGAAAUUUUGAAAUAAAAAGUUAGUUAUAAUAAUAAGAAGAUGACGUCGACGUCGGGAGCAGCUUCGUCUUCUAAGAUUUGCUUCAAUUCGGACUGUAAGGACUUGAAAUCGGAAAGAGCGAGGAAAGGAUGGCGGUUGCGAACGGGAGAGUUUGCUGAGCUAUGUGAUCGAUGCGCUUCUGCUUUUGAGGAGGGAAGGUUUUGUGAUACUUUUCACUUGAAUGCUUCUGGUUGGAGGAGCUGCGAGUCAUGUGGGAAGCGGGUCCAUUGCGGAUGCAUUGUUUCUGUUUACGCAUUUACCUUGUUGGAUGCUGGAGGAAUAGAGUGCAUAGCGUGUGCGAGGAAAAAUGUUGUUUUGGGAUCGAAUUCUUCAUGGCCACCUUCUUUGCUUUUCCACCCACCUUUGUCUGAGAGAUUAAAAGACUAUUCUGCUAAAGGUUGGAGUCAGCUAGCUGGUUCUGGUCCUGUACCUUGGCGGCAAGCACCCAGUUUGUUCAAUUCUCCAAUUUCUCAGCCUGAGUGGCAUUCUAAAGUGUCCUAUGAAGUUGACUUAUCCACUGGCAUUGACAGACUAAAUGCCGACAGAUUAUCUACUCCUUCCCUGGAAAAGAAGAAAAUUGAGGACUUUUCUGAAAGGUUAAUGAAUGGAACUUUGAAGCUUGGGACACGGGAUAUACAUGAGAACGGAAAUGCAGGAAUCAAUUGUGAGGAGCAGCCUGGUUCAUGUUUAACUAAAUCUCAGCAGCCUUCUCUGAAGGAGGAGCCAUCUAAUCCACCAUUUGGAUUAUCUGUACCUUAUACAUCUCCAGAUGAAGCAAAUGGUCAAAUUGGGGUUUCUGGCUCUCAUCUGCGACCAACCCCCACCGCGCUGGCCAAGCAAUUUCAUAGUAAUUUACAAAAUGGGCUUGACUCAUCAGGUGAAACUCAGAUUCGUAAUGGGAGGCCUCGACCAGAUGGCCGUGGAAGGAAUCAAUUAUUUCCUCGUUAUUGGCCUAGGUUUACUGACCAAGACCUGCAGCAAAUAUCUGGAGAUUCAAAUUCUGUAAUCACUCCUUUGUUUGAGAAAAUGUUGAGUGCUAGUGAUGCUGGGCGAAUUGGACGUCUAGUGCUACCAAAAAAAUGUGCAGAGGCCUAUUUCCCACCAAUAUCUCAGCCAGAAGGUUUACCUCUUAAAGUCCAAGAUUCAAAAGGAAAGGAAUGGAUAUUUCAGUUCCGCUUCUGGCCCAACAAUAAUAGCAGAAUGUAUGUUUUAGAGGGGGUUACUCCUUGCAUACAGAACAUGCAAUUGCAAGCGGGCGACGUAGUAACGUUUAGUCGGUUAGAGCCUGGAGGGAAGCUGGUUAUGGGUUGCAGAAAGGCUUCAACUGCUUCAGCAUCUGAGCAGGACAAUGAAGCCAAAAAUAGUAAUGGAGUUUCUACGCAUGGAGAUGCUGAACUGGCAGAUCCUACCUCAUGGUCAAAAGUUGACAAGUCAGGAUACAUAGCAAAGGAAGCAUUGGGAACCAAACUAGCAGUUUCUAGAAAGAGGAAGAAUAGCACGCUGGGUUCAAAGAGUAAGCGCCUAAGAAUUGAUAAUGAAGACCUAAUAGAGCUGAAACUAACAUGGGAAGAAGCUCAAGGGCUUCUCCGUCCCCCUCCUAAUCAUGUACCCAGUGUUGUAGUGAUUGAAGGUUUUGAGUUUGAAGAAUAUGAGGAUGCACCGAUUCUUGGGAAACCAACAAUAUUUGCAACUGAUAAUUCAGGGGAAAAGAUUCAGUGGGUUCAAUGUGAAGAUUGUUUUAAGUGGCGCAGAUUGCCUUCCAAUGCUCUUCUUCCUUCCAAGUGGACAUGUGCCAGUAACUCAUGGGAUCCAGAAAGGUCUUUUUGUUCGGUCGCUCAAGAAUUGACAGCAGAACAGCUGGAAGAUCUGCUGCCACACUGUAAUCCAGCUGCUUCUAAGAAAAUGAAGGCUGCUAAACAGGAACCAGAGAAUGUAGAUGCUUUAGAGGGGCUUGACACUCUUGCCAACCUAGCUAUCUUGGGAGAAGGUGGGGCUCUCCCUGCUUCAUCUCAGGCAACCACGAAGCACCCCCGGCAUAGACCUGGCUGCUCAUGUAUUGUAUGCAUUCAGCCCCCAAGUGGGAAGGGCCCCAAACACAAGCAGACAUGUACUUGUAAUGUCUGCCAAACAGUGAAGAGACGCUUCCGCACCCUCAUGCUGCGGCGUGAGAAGAAACAGUCACAGAAAGAAGCCGAAACUACACGCAAGAAGCAGCAGCCUUCAUUGCCUGAUAAACUAUUGGAUGAUGACCCUCUCCCUUGCACUAAUGCAGGAAAUAGCAGUCCAAACCCCAAAAAGCUUGUCAGUGAGGGUUCAGAUGAUGAUCCUAACAGGAUAAAAUCCUCAACUUCACCUUUUAAAGGCCAAAUCGACUUGAAUAUCCAGCCGGAGCGAGAAGAAGAGCUGUCACCUGGUUCAGAUUCUGGCAGCAUGAUGAGAUUGCUUCAAGAUGCCACUGAGAGGUACCUCAGGCAGCAAAGGAUGUUGAGCUCUGGUGGCAGUAGUAAUUCAACAGUUACUCAGGCACAAUCCGGUGGAGGCACAGAAGGAGAAAAGACCAGCAGCAGUGUCAAUCUUGGAGCCAGUCAUCAAGAUGCGGACAGGGACCGCACUGCAGUUUUCUCUAUUAAAUCGUCUGCACCCACAUCAGCCACUGGGUAGAUCAAUGUACUACCUUAUAUUGACCAUUAGCAAAGAAUCACUGUUGGGCGGUGCAGUUUUGGUUACACAUACAUCCGCCUCGGCAUUGUUCUUCACGGCUGUACAUAAAAGAAGAGGGGGUACACGGUCGGCGACGAGGUUAAGAGACUGAUAAUUUUGCUGAUUAGUUUUUUUUUUUAUUUUAAUUUUUCAUCCUCUCUCCAGUAUUUUAAGUGCUGACCUGCUGAAAUACAAGGCAGUCGGGAAGGGUAGUGGGGUAGGGGUUUGAUGAUGCAAAUGCAGCCCGUGGGAUAGGAGGCUGAAGCUAUGUAGUUUCUUUCUAGGAGCUCACCAUAUCCAGAAGAAUUGAGGAUGUAAAUUAAGUGGCUGCAGGUCCAGUCAGCAAAAUAGAGAAAUUGCAUUCUGUUCAUUUUA